UUUUAUUAAUUGAUUUUUUUUUUGAGAAAACGAGUUUCACUGUCGCAAUUAAUAACAUGAAAAUGAAAUGGACCACAGAGUUAAUUUAAUAUUUGGAAAAGGAAAUUCCCAUGUGAUUUAUGAAUUCCCCGUUUCUAAAUCCUCUCCACCAGAAAAAAUUCACUCCAAGGAAACUGGAAAGUAGCUUCCGCCACCCCCAAACUCAAAACCCAAAUUCAUAAAUUAAGGUUUUUGAUUUGCGAUCCCCACAUUUCUUGUAAAAAUUGUGCCUUUUUAAUGCAAGUUAUUAGAGUUUUUGAAAUUAGGGCCUCAUGUUGAGCUCCUAUUGCUCUCACUCUCUAUCUCAGCGCCCAAUUCUCGCACCAUCUCUCUCCACAUUUCGGGUUCCGGACCGACCCGGUAUAUUUUCUUUAACCCGGAACUCCAGGAUUUUCGAAUCGAAUCCCAAGCUCACACAGAACAAAUGGAAAAUUUCAUUCUUUAGGCAUGAGGGGUUCUCCCUUGAAAACCCAAAAUCUGAAUACAUUGAGCAUUUUCUGCCCGAAGAAUUAGUACAACCUGAGUUCAAUAAGUCUGGUGCUCGCAAAAGAGAUUGGAAAUCAACUCUUCAGGAGGUUGCAGAUGUAGUCUUGAGUGCAGUUGGUAGCAGGUGGACUGUACCAUGGACAGCAGAGACCAUUCUGCAGGUUAUGCUUCUCUGGGUAGCUACAUUCUGGUUCGUUGGGUCUUGGAUGAUUCCUUUCGCUGCUCACAUGGCAGGGUUAAACAAGGAAUCUCUAACUUUCAGAGGACAAGCCUUGUUUAGCCUUGUAACUGAUGUAACUGAAGGCCUUGCUGGGAUUGCAAUACUCCACCGCUGUCUGUCUCAGUUUUAUCCCCUUCCAUCAGAUUGGUUUAAAUUUAGCUUGAGAGGGAAGUGGCUUUUUGAUGUUGUGCUAGGAUGCCUCAUGUUUCCUGUUGUCAACCGAUUAUCACAAUUCAACCUCAACUUGUUGCCCCUUAUGCCUUCUACACCUGUAACCCUUUCAAGUGUUGAGCAGUCAAUCUUAGCAAGGGAUCCAGUAGCCAUGGCACUAUAUGCGGUAGUAGUUUCAAUUUGUGCUCCUGUAUGGGAGGAGAUGGUUUUCCGUGGUUUCCUUCUCCCUUCCUUGACCAAGUACAUGCCUGUAUGGUGUGCAAUACUGGUUAGUUCAGUUGCCUUUGCUCUGGCACAUUUUAAUGUACAGAGAAUGCUACCACUUAUUUUCCUAGGAAUGGUGAUGGGUGUUGUUUUUGCACGGUCAAGGAAUCUAUUGUCAUCCAUGCUUCUGCACAGCCUCUGGAAUGGCUUUGUGUUCUUGGAUUUAAUGAGAUAAGCAUCAUUGCCUUCUCAUAUUAGCUCUCUUGUUGGUUGAUUUUCUUUAUGUUAAAUGUAUAAUAAUUCUUGCUUUUCCAUUUGUAGCUGGGUGAUUUGAAAUUCCUUCCGCUGUGUUAGGCCAAGGCGAUUCAAUAAUCAAUCAGAUUAUAUUUUAAUAAAAGGAUCUUAGUCGGUAUAUGCAUGGAGAUUCCC